AUGAAGACAUUUUUGCUAGCACCUGCAAAGGAGAGUGACAUCCUGUUUGACAAAGUGGAUAUUACAAAUUUCAGUUGUGUUCCUGACCUUUCCAAGUGUCCUUUCAUUCAGGGCAAAAUGUGGUUUACUCAGCCCAAGGAUGCUGGUUUUUCAUCUAUCCACAAUAUCAAUAGUCAUUUGGCCAGCCUCUCCAUUGUUGGAAACACGAUCCCCACUCCUGACCCCGCUAUUAAGGAGAAAGCUUUAUGUGCUCCGGAUAACUUGAAUGCAAGUAUUGAAAAUCAGGGGCAGAUUAAGAUGUACAUCAAUGAAGUGUGUCGGGAGACUGUGUCACAUUGCUGCAACUCGUUUCUGCAGCAGGCCGGAUUAAAUUUGUUAAUAAGCAUGACAGUUAUUAAUAACAUGCUUGCCAAGUCCGUUUCAGACUUGAAGUUUCCUUUGAUAGCAGAGGGAAGUGGAUGUGCUGAGCUUCAGGUUUUGAAACUGUUGAUGGGCUUGUCCGAAAAGCCAGUCUUGGCAGGGGAAUUGCUGGGUGCCCAAAUGCUGCUCUCAUUCAUGUCCCUCUUUAUGAGGAACGGAAACAGACAGGUUCUCCUGGACACCCUGGCCUCUUAAAUGGCCAUCUCGAACAGAAUGGAACCGAAUCUGCCCAAAACCCUUCUGGUGAACACACACAUGUGUUCUCACUCAAAGAAUCUGCAGUGGGUGCUGUUGAAGAUCCAGUCUUAGCCCAUCACCACAUCACGGGGUGAAAGUUACACUCGCUAAAUCGAGGACCACAUUCCUAUUGGCCAGGCAGGGGUUCCCACAGGGCUUGGAGUAACUUCUUGGUUUUGCAGUCUGCAGGCAAUAUGCAUUGUCAGCCACUCCCUUGUGGCCUUCUUCCUGUGGUAAAGGGAUCAUUCCAGCUGCCAGCUGUGGAUACAGAACAUCCUAUUAUAGCAUCAUGAGGGAUGCCCUGCCCGUGGUGGUCUCCCUGUCUAAGCGGGACCAUUUUGUGGAGACCAGACACAUAUCGGAGCAUGUGCUGAAAAUGCUUUUGCUGCUGCCUAGGUUGAAUUCUUUCUCAUUUACUGCUUCUUCUUUGCGAGCUGAUGGAUGGUGAACCUAUUCAUCAAAAACGUACACCCCCCUUUUGUGUGCUGUACUGACUUAACCUUACCCACCCAAACCUACCAUUUGUAUGUAUCAUCAAUAAAGGUGUGUGCUUUGAUUGGCAAAAGCGA